AUGUCCUCCCUCAUCACGACCACCACCUAUGUUACCCUCAACGACCUCCCCUGUGAGAUCAUCCUCUCAAUCCUAUGCCUCUGCACCAGUUAUGCCGAGCUCUUCAACCUCUCCAUGGUUUCAGAGACUUGGAGGAUGACCUACAACUCUAUGAGGCCCACCAUCCUCGCUGCCGUCACCAAAAACAUUGUCGGUCCUGACGCAUUCGACAAUCUUGUCAUCGUCCUCCGCUACCAAAGCCACACAACCAUCAACGAGCACGGCGCACCGGUCGUCGAUUAUCCGAGUGUCAAAGCCGCCAUGUCAGAGCGCUUCGUGUUCAAUCAUGAGUAUUGUGAACUCGUCAUGGAGAGCCAGAGACACUAUAAACAAGCUUCAAGUGUCUUCAAGAGUUCGGUCGCUUGGGAACACCAGUUUGACGUUAGGCUGGCCAAGUGCCGCCCCGACGAGGAGUUGCCGAUGGCCUUGUUCUUUGAGAUGUGGGUUGCUGCAUUGAGGUAUGGCCUCGAGAGUCUCGCCGACUGGAGUAAGCAUGAGGAAAACAAGGAACCGAUGGAUAACGACAAGUUCCUCAAGUACCGGGUCGCAGCUCCGUGUAUGCUUGCUGGCGGGUUCGUUGCUGCUCCGCAUUGGGGUAAGGGAGUCCAUUCGAUCUAUCAAGAGUGCGGAUCCGAGAACUGCUUCUUCGACGUUCUGUUGAGGGCCUAUGGGGCCGAGGGACAUGUUCUGCGGCUGUCGAAGUGCUCAUCUCAUUAUACUCGCCUGCUUUCGGUCGAUGCGAAUGGGCGCCUCUAUAGUUAUAAUUUUACGGAGUUCUAUGAUUUUCUUCAUAACAAUCCUUUGGAAAAGGCUAUUGAGAAGUAUAAUUUGGAUAGCGGCUGGCUCUGA